AUGCCUAUCACGUCACCAGACCGAUUUGUACCAUCAUAUAUGCCCCUUCAAGAUCGCUUUCGAGCCGCCAAGCAAGUCAAUGAGCUAUCACCAUUAGAGCGAAUUCAUCGUACGGAAAAUGCUGCCUCAGAUGUCUUUUGCUUUACGCCGAAGCGAUUUUCACCCCUUUCUGUCCGACAAGCAUCUCGGUCCGACGGUAGCCAGCGGCGUGUCGGCACCGUCCUAGGGCUGCACAGCCUAGAACAACGACAAGUCAGCAGUGGUGCCGUCUGGUCUGUAGGCGGCUUGGCCCCUGGAGGCGUCGAUGACGGGCGCGGGCGGAGGGUGAGCUCUAGCACGAAUGCCCGCUUAUAUGCCACUGCGUUUUCGGAUGCGCGACCCAAAUCUGAAGAUGAGCAGGAGAAACACGAAGGCAGACUCGCUCUAGCACUAAAGAUAGACCGAAUCCAACGGAUUUUAGACUUUGACGGAUACUCAACCUUUCCUCGCUGUAAACACAAAGAGAGACUACUACUGCGAGAAACCAGGACGACAUGGACGGGAAGCGAGUGGAGCAACGACUUUUACGUGCCCAAAAUUCAGAGGGAAGAGCGGUGUCUCCCUAAUGCUCCGUUCAAAGUCCUCGAUGCCCCGGGCCUUCGUGACGACUUCUAUUGCUCGGUGAUGGCAUAUUCUCGCACAUGUAACACGUUGGCUGUUGGCUUAGGCAAUCUGCUCUAUGGGUGGUCAGAAGCUUCAGGCGUCACGCUUUUGAAUGCGGGACUCAAGGACGGUUCGUGGUUAACUUCGGUAGCAUUCUCGUCCGAGAAGGGCGGCAAGUCCAUCCUCGCCUUUGGCCGAUCAAGCGGUCUGCUCUCCUUAGUAUCACUUUUCGACAGCCUACUCCCUCGCUUUGAGAUGUAUCAUCAUACACCCAUAGCCUGCCUCUCCUGGCGUCCUACCUCUACCCCACGACCUUCUCGAAAUAAGCGCAAUCCUGGCGUCCUAGUUAAUACGGAAGACCUCCUCGUAGGUGACGACCUGGGCGACGUCUAUUAUUACGCGGUUGAAUGGCCCGAACCCUAG